AUGGGCAUAAAAUGGGCAUCUUAUCUGGGGCCCACUUGGGUGACCCAGCUAGGACCCACAUGGGUGAACCCAGCUUCCUAUUUCGGAGACAGCUACUGUCGGAUAGAUGCCGUUCAGGACCUGUCAAGUUUUCAAGUGUCGCUCCAGUUUAAAACAAGCAGACGUAGCGGUCUACUCCUACUGGCGGCAGGACACAGAGAUUACCUCUCGCUGGAGCUCUACAAUGGCAGAUUACAGGCUAGAAUUGACAUGGGCUCCGGAGAAAAGGUUCUCUCCUCCACCAUGGGUCUCCAGCUCAGUAACCUUCUGGACCAUCAUGUGUCUCUCAUUCUGAAAGACUCCAAACUUACUAUGGCUGUAGACAACCUGUACACCACCUUCAUCCCAGCGGAGAAUGAAGAUGAGCACCUGAACAUCGACCAGGGCGUGUUUCUUGGGGGCGUGAGGGACCUGGAAGUAGAGUACCUGAGCACAGCUGUUCCCUUCCUGCGUGGUUGCAUGAGCAACGUUAUGUUUGAAUCUCAUGAAUUUGAUAUUCUGGCUUCAGCAGCUACAGUCUGCUAUGACACCAAGGGGAGCUGCAGCAGUGAGUUUGAGGCAGGGGACGGAGACACCACAAGCUUUAUCAGUGCAGAAUCAUUCAUCUCUUUCCCUACCUGGACCAGACCUAGCUCAGGCUCCCGUAGCCUGGAGAUGCUGAUGAAGACGACCAUUGAGGAUGCUCUGUUGCUCUUCCACCCAGGACACCAGACAGACUUCAUUGCCAUCGGAAUGGCAGGAGGGUUCCUAAAAGGUGUAAUGGAUCUAGGAAGUGGAAUGUAUGUGCUAGACAAUGUGGAGGUGAAAGUGGAUGAUGAUCAGUGGCACAGAGUAAAAGUUCAAAUUGACCGCAAUGAGUUCUUGAUAAAUGUGGACAGUCAAACAGUUUCACUCCCUCUUAAUGAGACAGAAAAGCUGGAUCUAGUGGGGAACCUGUACCUGGGAGGUAUUCAAAGGAAGAUGAAGGAUGUGUUUCAAAAUUAUUUGGCUCGUGUGGAGGAGGAGGUCACAACGGAGUCCUUUAUUGGAUGUUUAGGAGAAAUCAAGGUGAAUCAGAAGGGCAGAAGCCUGCAGGAUGCUCUGAUAACUAAAGACAUUCAUGGAAAAUGUGAAGGAGAAUAUGAUUACUCAACCUAUGAUGAAGAUUUGGAGUUAACAACUACACCUCCAGUAAGAAUCACAUACAUUAAUGUCAAUACUGAUGAAAGACACUGUUUCCCUGCAGAGGAAUUGCCAGAGAUGUUCCGCAAUAUUUCCAGGCUCCUGGACAUCACUCCUAUGCUGGUUCCUGAGGGAGGAGAGGCCAACAUCGACAUCGUAAACCUAAACCCAACAUUUAACCUAAAAGCUGCAGGUGUUCGUGAAUCUGAGAUCAUCUUUACUCUGCUGAAUGAUCCCUGGUAUGGACUGGUUGAUAUGAACUUAAGACAGACAAGAGUAAAGAAGUUUACCCUUCUGGAUGUUGUCAACAAGAAAAUCAAGUAUCUUCAUAAUGGCAAUGAAAGGUAUGGAGAUCAAAUCCAGCUAGAGGUGACUGUUCAUGGAACGAAUCUCCCAGAGUGCUUGAGUGUUGCACGCAAGUAUGUGCUACCAGUGGAGAUCAUCCCCGUCAAUGACAUCCCUCAGCUCAGUGCAGGUGACAUCUCAAUCACAGCUAACAGGCGCACACGUUUGAGCCCAAACCUCAUUAAAAUCUCAGACUCUGACAAUCGUUGUGAUGAACUCAAGAUAACAGUCACGUCGGACCCUACUGCUGCUGGAUAUCUGGAGAAUGCUCAACAGCCAGGAUUUGGUCUAAGAGAGUUCACUUGUAGACAACUGAAAGAAGGAAAUAUCUACUACGUGCACAAAGGUGGAGAAGUGCCAGAACUUACCCUGCAGGUCUCAGAUGGAGAUUCAGUUAGCAACUCCAGCACAUUUAAGUUGCUUAUAACCCAGCCACAGAUGACAGUUGUCACAAAUACUGGCCUUCUGAUCACCCAGGAUGACAGCACCCCUAUAGGAAUACAAAAUCUGGCUAUUUCUGCAACUCCAGAAACUGGCGAUGUUGUAUAUAAUGUCACUCAGCCACUUCAGUUUGGAGAACUGCAGUUGAUCUCAGACGAUGGGGUACCAAAAAGAGUCACACUAUUUCACCAGUCUGAUCUGGAGCAGAACCGACUGAAAUACAUUCCCAACCCCACAGCUGAUCUCAAGGGCACAGAAACAGAGUUUAUUCACUUCAAUGCACAGCUUGGACAGGUCAUCCUCCCAGACAACUUAUUUAUAAUAAAGAUCAUGCCUGCCCUUAUAGGAAUAGGUAAAAGGGUUCCUCUGGAAGUUGAAGUUUGGCAGCAAAAAGUCAUUAAACCUGAACAACUACAAGCUUUUGUGAUGGAAAGCAACACUGAUUCAAGAUCAAUACAGUACAUGAUUACGAAAAGCCCAGUCCAAGGAGUCUUGAUGAUGCUUGAUAAAGAGUUGUCUGAUGGUGAUACCUUCACCCAACAAGACAUUUUGAGCGGUUUCAUCAGUUACAGUCCUCGUGUCCGCAGAGCGGUUGACUUUGAGGAUCAGUUCCAGUUCAAAGUAUUUGCAGAGGAUCAGUACUCCAGAGUGUACACCUUUCCAAUCAAAAUCAAGGCUGAUUCUGAUGCUCCUGUCCUCAUCAACGAGAGACUCGUUGUGCUGGAAGGAAAUGAAAGCAUCAUAAAUAAAGAAUACCUCUGGGUUCAAUCCUCCACCUCAACAGACUUUGUGUACAGGAUAGUGCAAGAUCCCAAACAUGGUCGUCUUAUCAGGGACUCCCCACCAGGAAUGCAAAGGUUUGAUGGUGCAAUUCGAGUCUUUAGCAAUGAGGAUCUCUCUUUGAAUAGGUUGGUCUACAAACAUGAUGGAUCAGAGACAAGUCAUGACCAGUUUUCCUUUCUGGCAUUUGAUUCAAGAGGUGGCAAUGGUUGGCAAGAAGAGGGUCAUGAGGUACUGAGGGGAGUGUUUAACAUUGCAAUACAAUCCAGGAAUGACUACGUACCUCAAAGGGUAAUCCACAAACCUUUUAAUGUUAUCAGAAAUGGCCAGCAUUUAUUGACCACUGAAGACAUUUUGUUCAGAGACGAUGAUUUAGACUUUAAUGACACCCAGCUGGUUUACGUGAGAGUGGGAAUUCUUUCAGGAAACAUUGUCUCCACAGCAGACCCAACGCAACCUCUCUACCGCUUUACUCAGGCUGACCUGAGGGACGGGAAGGUUUUGUUUGUCCAUCAUGGGGCAGAUCGUGAGCGAUUCCAACUUCAAGUAUCUGAUGGUUUUCAUAAGACAACAGCUGUACUUCAGGUGCAAGCAGGUGACCCUUAUCUACGUAUAGCCAACAAUAACAUGGUGGUCAUGGACCAUGGUAGCACCAAGACACUGAACACCAGUCUGCUAAGUGCAGAGACCAACAUGGACAUCAGAAGUGCAGCUGAGAUCAUUUAUGAUGUGACUUCUCCUCCCAGUGAUGGUAGGAUUAUAGUCAGUGGAAUUGAAUCUUCCACAUUUACACAAGAGGACCUGACUAAGGGUGUGGUCUCCUAUGAACACAGUGACCAGAGCCUUAGCUCGAAAGAUUCCUUUGCCUUCACUGUGCAAGCUAAGGGUUGGUCCACAGAAGGCACUUUCAGGAUUAAGAUAUUCAAGAAAGGAUACCUGUCACAGCCAAAGGUCACGUCAAACAUGGUGAUCCUUGCCUAUGAAGGAGAGCAUUCUGUUAUUGAUGCAAGCCACCUGGAGGUGAUGCAAAAAGACAUCCUGCCCAAAGAGAUGGUGUACUCCGUCAAAGACUUUCCACGGCUGGGUCAUGUGGUCAAACUCAACAACGACUCAGACAAUACGGCGUCACCCGUGCUGGACUACAUUCAAUCCUUCACACAAGAGGACAUAAACCUGGGCAGAAUCUUUUACGUCUCCGUUUCCCUUCAGGGCCAGGACCAUUUUACCGUCGAUGUUAGCAAUGGCUUCACCACCAUAGAAGAUCUACAGGUGCAGGUGGUCAUUUUUCCACGCAUCAUACCCAUCCAGGUGGUCAACCUCACCGUGAGGGAGGGUGGAUCUGUGGCGCUGACCCAAGAGGUUCUGAAUAUCACACACCACUUCUACCGUUCCAUGAACAUCGAGUUUAUUAUGGAGGAAGCACCUCAGCAUGGAGAUAUUAAGUAUCUGGAUGAAGAAGAUGGACUUCUCACCUUCACCUGGGAGGAUGUACAACAGGGACAGGUGUACUACUUCCACGACAGCAGCGAGACCACAGAGGACAGUUUCACCCUCGCGGCGGCCGCUUCUCACAUCACCCGCCGGAGUGCGUCCCUGACCAUCGGCAUCACCAUCCUCCCUGUGAAUGACGAACCGCCCCGCAUCCAACGCAACACCGGAAUGGAGCUUGUAGCUGGUGAGGAGUCUGAAAUCACAGCCAAUAUGCUGAGCAGCGAAGAUCUUGACACCCCUCCGGAGGAGCUGGUGUAUGCCAUCGAGACGCCCAGCAAUGGGAUCGUUGCCUUUAAAGUGUCCCCGGAUGACAGCAUGGACAGUUUCACCCAGGCUCAGAUUAAUAAUGGAGAGGUUUUAUUCAUUCAUCAGGGCUCAGAGGCUGGUGGGUUCAGCUUCACCGUGACUGAUGGAGAACACACUUCACCUCUCCACCGCUUCGUUGUCAAGGCAAGACAGCUCACCAUCUCCAUGGAAACGAAGGGAGAACUCAUGGUCUUCCCAGGCACCAGGCAGGUGAUCAGUGGAGAUAUUUUGCGGGCCAUAACAAGUGAAGACGGUGAUGAAAUCACAUACUCACUAGUGAAACCUCCUCGCUUGGGACGAAUAAUCAAACCUAACCAGCGUGGACAGUUUGAGGAGAUCACUAGAUUCACGCAGACUGAGUUGGAUGCAGGUGCCGUAUAUUAUGAGCAUCAGAUGCCGGCUGAGCCCUUCUGGGUCCUGAAAGAUUCUGUUGAGCUGGCCCUCACAUCGCCCCCAGCAACAGAGCUGCAUCACAGCCUGCCAGUCACUGUGUCAUACUACGCAGCCAAUCAAAAUGUGUCAUCUCAGCUCUGGAAGAACAAAGGUGUGUCUGUGGUGCAGGGUCAGUCUAAAGUGAUUGACAGCUCUGUUUUGGAUGCUUCUAACCUGCUGGCCAGUUUGCCUGAGCAGAAGCGGGCUGGGCAGGACAUCGUCUAUGAAGUGCGUCGGUUCCCCAAUCAUGGACGACUCACUCUCGGAGGGUCUGACCUGCCUCGUGAUGCUCCACGUUUCCUGCAGGAUGACGUGGCACGUGGUGAUCUAGAGUACAAUCACGAUGACUCCGGAGCAUCUUCUGAUAGCUUCUCUUUCCGGGUCCAUCUGAACCCCAGUGGCCGCACUCCGCAAGUCCAGCCCGGUGCCGUGGUUCUGGAGGAGAUCUUCCUGAUCUCCAUUAGACGGAGAGACUCAAACCCGCCAGAACUUGUAAGCUUGGACCUGCUUCUGGAAGCACUGCAGGGCUCCACGACCAUCAUCUCCAAAAACUACCUCAACACGGUUGACCAGGACAGCACACCGGACGAGGUCCGAUUUCUCAUCUCCAAGAGUCCAGCUAACGGAUAUGUCAUCUACACAGACUCUGGAGACCGGAUCGACCAGUUCAGCCAGGAAGACAUCAACACUGGGCGGGUUGCUUUUGUUAGUGAUGGAAGUCUGUCCAAUGGUUUCAUGGAAUUUAUAGUGUCUGAUGGGAAACACCAAACAGACCCAUACACGCUGCAUAUCGGAAUCCUGGCCAAGUCUCUGAUACUGAACAAAGCUCCAGAGAUCCACGUACUGCAGGGAGAUGACGAGACGCUAAUCACAGAGGACAUGCUCAGCACCUCCACUGGGGGUCCUGUCGAGGAAGAUGUACUCUAUAAGAUCACCAAUGUCCCGAAAUACGCAGCCGUAAUGGUGGACAGACAGCCCACAUCGGCUUUCACACAGAAGCAGAUCAAACAAGGAAGAGUGAGUGUCCGUUUCGUUAAGUCCACCUCACCGAGAGAUAGCGUGGCCUUUAUGGCCCGAAGCAGGGCGGCGAAUGUGUCCUCCGUCCUCAACAUUACCGUGAAACCACUGGCGAAGGUGGCCCAGAAUCCCCUGCUCCCCAGAGGUGCUACUGUACUCGUAGACAGAAAGUUGCUGGACGCUACACCUCUGGCCAACAAGACCAGAACAUCUCCAACCUUCAACAUGAUCAAACAACCUCAAGGAGCGCGAUUCGUCAAGAGGGGUGGGCAAGAUGAUGGCCAACCAGUAAGUUCCUUCACCCAACGAGACCUGGAUGAAGGUCGGGUAGCUCUGGAAAUCUUAAACACAACUGGGGGUCAAAACACUGGAGGUCAAGGUCAAGAUGAAGCACGCUUUCUCCUAAAAGCACACGGCGUUCCUCCUGCAGAGUGCGUCUUGCCCUUCCAUGUGGUCCCUUAUGACCCUUCUAGAGUUUAUGGCGCUACAUUUCUCAAAGUGCCACCGGUGUUCGUCAAGAGCGAUCCAGGUCAAGCCGAGCCCAGGUGGAGAGGAGAUGGUGACGUGGCUUCUGGCAGCACUACAGCGACUCCUGUGGUGUCUAGACGAAAUACACUGUGGGCUAUCCUUAUUCCCAUUCUCGUCAUCCUCCUACUCAUGCUCCUGGCCGCAAUGCUGGCCUACUACUUGGUCCGUCGCAACAAGACCGGGAAGCACAACGUCCAAACGGUGGCAGCAAAGCCGAAGAAUGGAGAAGUGAGUCAGGAGACUUUUAGGAAAACCGAUCCUGCGAACAACAUCCCCAUGUCAGACAUGGACUCAAAAGGGGCGGAUCCUGAGUUAAUACAGCACUGUCGGACAACAAACCCAGCACUGAAAAAGAACCAGUACUGGGUUUGAGAUCGGCGACCGGACACUUGUGUUUCCAAGGCCUUGAAUCAUUCCAGUCAGUGUUAUACAGUUUUCUUGCCAUUAUUGAUGCUUAUGAAUUGAAGUCCAGCACAUAUCUGAGUUUAGGGUUUCUUAGAUGGCACAGCCAGAUCUGUGUGUGUGUGCUGAUGUUCUAAUAGUCACAUGGUCAUUUCUCAACUGAGGUGGAAUUAACCAACUUUUAAGGUACUUUUGGACAAGAACAUAACGUGUUAUGUUUGAACAAUCCUUCUUAUGUAUUUUUAGGCAGU